AUGUCACCUCCAAAAAGACGAGGAAAAUCUAUCAUACCUGCAGAGAAUGACUUUGGAGAAAAGUCACACGAGGAUGAAGCUAAUGCUAACCCCCCCGCGGCUAGCCGGGGGAACGGAGAUGAAAGCAUGGCCCGCUUGAGAGUGCACUACGAAGAGGGGGAAACGACCUACAAUUCAGCGGAGGAGGCAACAGCGGACAUGGCGAGUCGAGGGCUCUCGGUGAAGGUGAUUGAGGGGCCAGACACGCUGUGGGAGAGAGUACAACAAGCAGCCUGGCAACCAGCGCGGCCCAAGAGGAGAAACCCUGCUGCAAACGCCACGGGGUUUAAACAAAAGCUGCAGGCAUUCCGUCGAAUCUCAUUGAAGGAGAAUGACUGA